AUGGCGCCCACAGAAUCCAAGAAGCGUUUAGCGCUUGCGAUAAUAGACUUUCUCAGCAGCAGUCUGAAAGACGGAACCCUUACGGCAGAAGAUUCUGAAUCUAUUGAGAUUGCGCAGUCUUGUAUCGCAGACACGUUCAAGGUGGACCCCUCAGAUAAGACUGCUAUGCAGGAUGCGCUUGGAGGCCAAAGUCUUGCAACCAUUUACAACGUAUACGAGAAACUCAAAGGAAAAGGCUCCAUCCCGGCGCCCAACUCCGCGGGUGACACAAAGCCAACUGAGUCCAAACCAGCAGCAGCUUCGCAGAUCGGCACGCCAAAUGAGGAAUCUGAGAAGUUAAAAUCGCAGGGUAACGCAGCCAUGGCCCGCAAGGACUACCCUACCGCGAUUUCCUUUUAUACCCAGGCUCUCAGUAUUGCACCUUCGAACCCCAUCUACCUCUCUAACCGCGCAGCCGCCUAUUCAGCUUCGGGAAACCACACCAAGGCCGCGGAAGACGCCGAGGUUGCCGUGGCUGCGGAUCCAAAAUAUGUCAAGGGUUGGGGCAGACUUGGUCUUGCUAGAUUUGCCCUUGGAAAUGCCAAGGGUGCUGCUGAAGCAUACCAGAAGGGCAUCGACGCGGAAGGAAACGGUGGCAGUGAGGCUAUGCGUAAGGGACUGGAGACUGCAAAGAAGCGUAUCGAGGAAAUGACGCAGGAAGAGAAUGAACCCCCUGCGGAAGAAGUUGAUGAGGCUUCUGGUGCCUCUCGUGGAACUGGGGGUGCGGGCGGAAUGCCAGACCUUUCAGCUCUUGCAGGAAUGUUUAGUGGUGGAGGAGCAGGGGGGGGCGCUGGUGGCGGCAUCUCUGAUCUCAGCUCAAUAAUGAACAACCCAAUGUUUGCCAGUAUGGCGCAGAACCUCAUGAGCAACCCUGAAAUGAUGAGCAAUCUUAUGAAUAACCCACGUAUCCGACAGAUGGCGGAGAGUUUGGGUGGAGGCGGUGCUGGUGGCGAGGGAGGCGGCCUUCCUGAUAUUGCUAGCAUGAUGAAUGAUCCGAAUAUUGCUGAAAUGGCAAGAAAUCUGAUGGGUGGAGGUGCUGGUCGUGGUGCCGGAAGAGGUUCUUGA